UGAGUUUCUCUAGGUUGUUGAAACAACGAUGGCGCCCCUCACACAUGCAGAGAUCAAAACGAAACUCCUUAAAUCCACUGGCACAACUGCCAGAAUUUACAAAUACACAGACCUUCUUGGGUUUCGGAAAUUAUCGAAAAGAAGUUCACGGCGCGGUACACAAGAUUUUAUUGGCAAACCAGGGGAAUUCUACAACGCGUCCAAAAACGUGGCAGAGGUGAUAUCAAGACGAUACGGAUCAUAUACCGACCUUCAUGAGAGGAUCAAAACUCAGAAUGACUUUCGGGAACAAGAAAUCGAAGACCUCAUCGAAAAUUACGGUCCGAUCAUCUGGAAUGACGGGCAGCCAAACUUUGUGACCAAAACAGACGAUCAAGGCGAAAAACAUCAAAGCUACCCGCGUUACCUCAUAUACACCGAUCGAAAUGACAAAGUAAAAAUACGGACUUAUAUCUACUGCCUGGUACUGCAAUGCACAUCUUGCAGGAUGAGAGGCCGUCUUACCAAUGAAAUUGCUGUGCAGGCGGGAUUGCCACGCGCAGCUUCUUACAGCCCUGAAAUCGGGCAGUCGAACGCAACGUCACCAGACCUAGACACCACGUCCAUCACAUCCCCUAGAGCCACGGCUAUCAACACCAUGUCUUCGGUUUCGAGUGUCGGCAAACGGUCACGGGACCACAAUCAUCACAAUGUAGCUGUGGCUCAGAUGGUUCCCAACACUUAUACAGAGGGGGCAUCUUCAUCUUCCGUUAUGCUACAGUCUACGGCUGUGGAGAGCGUUUUACCGAUGAGAAACAGUACCACAGCUGCGGAUGAAGACGGUCAGGCGAGAGAAACGUCAUGUUCAGACGACCCGCGCAUGACGACACCGCCUUUGGACCAAGUCCCAAGUCCAAACUCUGAUGAGGAAGAAACAGACGGACACAGUAUCCACAACAAACGCGCAAGAUAUAAUCAAGGAGAAACUGCUCUCACAAAAUUUCGAUUAGGGAAGUUGAAUGGAUCUGCAAGGCGAACCGCUAGGUUGAAGAGAAGAGGCUAUUCAUCUCCCUGGGUGGGAUCGGAUAUACCUCCAGUAACCACCGCCGACGCUGGAGAGCAGGAGAACACUGAGCCAGCUCCUGAAAGUGCUACAAAUGAUAACCCGAAUGGGUUAUGCUGCUUUUACCGCGCGCGCCUCGCUUCUAUACUUCCUCACGCCUUCGACCUGCAAACCCAACAUACCCAAGUCCUCGAAGACACAAUCACCCUCAUCGCCGAUAUCAGAUCCCUCGAGGCAACCUUGUCCAAAAGCUCCGUUGACAACCGCAUUGCAACCUACAACUUCGUCCUCGACCAAUGGCUCAGCCUCGUAGCCAUAUACCUCACCUUCCGCCGCGCCAUAGACUUCCACGACACCCAAGAAGCAUGGACUGCGCAUCUCCUAUCUCUGCCCCCAACCGAGCGCUGGGUAAGAGAAGAGCCACACCACACUGCCAGCGUGUCUUUCCAACAAUGGCGCCUGCGUAAUGGAUCCUUGGCCGCCCCAGUCUGGUCCCGAGAAAUCACGUCCGCGUUGCUCAAAACAGCGAAGUGGCGGCGCCAACGGGAGACGGAUGAUGUCGACGAGAUGAAUCGGCGGGUGCAGAAAUUUAACUCUGGGCUGAUAGAGUGGCUGGGCUGAUCGUCAUCCUCUGAACAACAAUAAAAGUACUAUGUGUGGGUGACAUGCUUAGUGCAAUGUACUAUAGUACACCGCUAUCGGGGAUUUUAAAGAAUGAGAAACAAACGCAGGAUAGAAACAUAACAUCGGUUUUACUCAUAUAGACGUAGAUACUUGAUGAUAAACUUCUUAACUAAA